AAACUCCCCACUAAUUGGGAGCCUUCACCGGAGGAAUGUUCGAUCAAUCAGCCGCUUUCGGUAGGAGCUCUCUAUCCGCCGAUGGAAGUUGAACAGUCGCCACCGUCUCCACCGUCCCCACCGCCGACGACCGGGAGGAGAAAGCGACGGCGGACUCGAAACAUGAAAAACAAGGAGGAGAUUGAAAACCAGAGGAUGACCCAUAUCGCCGUCGAGCGCAACCGCCGGAAACAAAUGAAUGAAUAUCUCGCCGUCCUCCGAUCACUAAUGCCGUGUUCUUACGUUCAUAGGGGAGACCAAGCCUCCAUUAUUGGUGGCGCCAUUAAUUUCGUCAAGGAAUUAGAACAGCAAUUACAGUUUAUCAAAGCCCAUAAGGAACCGGCGGCUUCAUCCCCUUUCGCCGACUUCUUUUCCUUCCCACAGUUCUCAACUCCGGCGACGAACUCGACCCAUGACUCAGCCAGUUCCAACACCCAAUGGGCCGCCGGAGAUAUCGAAGUCACCAUGGUGGAUACCCAUGCCAACCUCAAAAUCCUGUCCAAGAAACGCCCGAGACAGCUCCUCAAAAUGGUGGCAGGGUUUCAAAGCUUGAGAUUCUCUGUUCUUCAUCUCAACGUCACCACUUUGGAUCAAAUGGUUCUUUACUCUGUAAGCAUCAAGAUUGAGGAAGGAUGCGAGUUGAAUACAGUGGAUGAAAUCGCUGCAGCUGUGAAUCAAAUCCUGCUCUCCAUUCAAGAGGAAUCUGCUUUCAGCUGACACUUUGAUCGAUUCAAUCUGUGUUGUUUGGAAUGUAUUUUGUUUGUUCAGAAUGUCUUCGAUUUCCAUAUGGUGUCCAACAAUUUUCCAUGCAAAUGAAGCACAUAGCGUUGGAUGCUUUUGAUCUGUAAAAUUUAAUAUCAUGAAUUUGGUUCAAUAUAAAGAUGGCAACUUGAUUUAAUAAUAAUGUUUAUGAUUUGUUC